AUGGCGUCUUUUGUGCGGUCUGUCCUUGGCCUGUUUUCGAGCGGGCGCCCGACCAAGGCUCGCCCGGACGAAGAACAGGCAGCAACAACAACAGCCGAGUCUGUUUUUGGAUCAUCGACGUUGCCGCCGAGCCAUAUCCACACGGGCAACCGCAUCCCCGCCGACGAUGCCCUGGCGCUCUUCCGGCUAACGCUGGGCAUCACAGCAGCACCGCAUCUGGGGUUCAGCCUGUCCGCCCAUCGCCCAGCCGACAACGUCGGUCUCUACGCCCGCGUCGUGCACAACGAGCAGACGGCAAAGAGCAACUACAAGAUCUUCUCGCUCGUCAUCAACGCGUGCUACUUCCUGCAGAUCAUCGUCGCCGCGUCGCUGACCGCCAUGGGCGCCGCCAGCGCCAACAACAGGGCCAUCACCGCCUUCGGGGCCAUCAACACCGUCAUCGCCGGCUUCCUCACCUACCUCAAGGGCUCCGGCUACCCGGCCCGCUUCAAGUACUGCGCCGACGAGUGGAAGAAGGUGCGCGAGUUUGUCGAGCACCGCGAGCGCGACUUCUCGCUCGAGAGCUGCCCGCUGGACGUCCACGAGGAGAUCGACGCCGUGCGCGACAUGUACGAGACGACCAAGCGCGAUGUCGAGAUCAACAACCCGGAGGCCUACAACGCCAAGAGCUCCGCCGCCGCUCCGGGGCGGUACGACAUCGGCGUCGACCGGACCAAGGCCGACGCCAUCGCCGGCAAGCUGCGCGGGUUCGACGACAAGCUGCGGAAGCUGACGGGCCACGCCACCUCCGCCGCCGGGGGCAUCCAGGAGAAGUCGGACGACGUGGCGGUCAAGCUGCGGAGCCUGGAGGACACGCUCGCCAGGAUGUCGAAGCAGAUGGAGAAGACGACUGAGGACAGCCGUGACGCCGCGCGCAGCGCCGUGGAUCACGCCGUGGACGAUGUGGAGAAGCGGGCCCUGGCCGAGGUCCGCGGGCUGGGGAAGGCGGCCAUCAGGGGGGUGGAGGAGUACCGGCCGCGCGCCCCGCGCGAGGUCUCCAUUACCGUGGCGAAUCGUGACGACGACGGUCCGGGGAAUGAGAUUGAGAUCGCGGGCAAGAAAUAA